GUUGUUUCGCGCGCUGAGGCUAAGCUCCAGUCACAUUUCAGAUUGACAGCUCCGCCGCCCAAUGAGCUCCGUUUCCUCCGAGCAAACCAGCCAACGGCGACGCAGGACUUUCGAGCGGGUGGGAUAUCAAAGUCUUGAAGAAUAACUCAUUGAUCAAUCUCCAACAAGGCACAAGAGUUGGCCGUACAAUCCUUGCGGAGAAGUUAAUUGGGGGAAACCGUGCGCGUUAUUUCCAAAACGUCAAUUUCUUGUUUUUACUUGGACUAUUAAACAGGUAAAACAUUUUUUCUUAUGUUUUGACAACUUUUAAGCUCAUGCUCAUUGAUAUCUUUUUUGCAGUAGCUAGCUUACUAUGGUUAGCUAACUUGACAAAGUCCUACCUCGUUUCCGUUUGACUACAUUAAGCACUCUUGCCAAUUAAAUGCAAAAAAUUAAAAUAAAAUGUGAGCUUAAUGAGUUACUUCUCCUGCUGAUAAAUAAAAUUAAAUAUGUUUUACUGGCAGCAUACCAGCUGAAAGCUCUUCAACAAUAAGUAGUAACGUGGUUUUGCUGAACUUGUCAACGCUGACCUGUUAUCUUGUGCUGUUUAUUCGCAGUAAUUCAACGUUUUGCAGUAAAAAAUGUAAAUUCUAUGUCAGCCUUAGCACUUUGUCGCCUCAUGUGAUGCAAAAGAAUCACGCUAACAUAAAUAGAGACGCGUAUUUUCUUGCUUUUACGUGUUGUCUUGAGUGGAAAUUGUCUCGUGUUUACGUCUUUAUUUAGAGUAUUUGCGUGAUGACGAUUAAAUUUCACUAAAUACUCAGAGGAAGUUGACUCCUUCCUAUGUUUUCACUCGUGUUUUGUUCGCUGGUGUUUUAUUUUUUUGAUCGAGACCUCAGCUGAGAGCGUCAAACUAAAAGCAUGCGCUCGCCUCUCAGAUCAUUGAAAUAUCAACCGUCGUUUCUAAGACUAAAUCAGGGUGAAAUUGUGAGAUUUAUCGAUUUAAAACGGUAAAUACGAUGGCGUUUCGGUGUGUUUUAUUGUCAGUGAACGGUGGCACAUUGUUUGCUAGCGCUCCCUCCUGUCCGGAUGUGCUUGCUUUUAAAAGAACUGGGAGUGGCUACGAGCUCAGUUUCCCGCACUGUAUUCAAAUCAGCUUGUUCCCUCCCUUUCUAAUAUUCUGCUCAAGUGACAGCCCAGUGCUGACAGCAGGACAAUACAAAGACCACGACCAGGCGAAAGCAUGUCUCUGCCUCUCACAAACUUGUGUCAUGAUCGUUUGACUGGAGUUUCUACAGCCUUGAGCCUUGAAAAUGAAGAAACUCAAAGCUUUAAAUCAGUGGUUCUCAACUAGUCUCACUCUUGGACCCACUUUUAUAAAAUUCGAAACCAAGCAAAUUUAUUUCUUAUUAAAAAAACCUUUAAAAACUCAAAUCUUUGACAUAAAUACAUCUUUUUUUAUUGAGUAAAGUGCAUUUCAGAAGAGAUGAACUGAGGAUGACAACUUCUGAAGUGCCAUGUAAGAAAAUAUCAAAUCAAAUUUUACACAAUGGAGACCAGCAAAAUGAAAAAUUUGCCUUAUUUGCAUUAGGGCCAGACCGAUAUGGAUGUUUUGAGGACGAUACCGAUACUGAUUAUUAUUACCAUUUAAUCGGCCAAUUUUUAUUUUUUUUUUUAAUUAAAUUAAGUAAAUUUUGCUAAAACAGCUAAAAAAGAAUGAGGUAUUUUGUGUUAAGUGCAUACAGUUUCAACCCCCUGCUGGCAAUCGGUGCCUCCGCGUCUUACCUCACGUUAAUCAUUUCCGGUCCGGUCUCAUCUGGAGACAUGCAGCUGCCUCAGUAAGAGAAGUAGCUCGAUCACUUAUUGUGUACUGUUGUGUAUUCUACCGUUACUGGCACGGCUAACAGUGUAGCAAGGCUAAUAGCAGAUGGCUAACUCUAACUGUAGCUUGCAUAUUACAUGGUGCUUCACUGUUAACUCGGCGUGACUUAGACCAGCACAGCGGGGAACAUCGUGAAGUGGGUUGAACUGAAACUUGUUGACUUAUUGUGUAUUUCACAAACUGGUUCUCCUCCGUGCGUCCCCGCCGCUGCCUACUACAGAUCCGUCACUCUGCUGUGCUGUGAGGUAGUUAGUGGAUGAAGAUUAUCAUGAGGUCGCUGCGCCAUCUACAGGAUAAGUCAGGGAACUUUUCAAAUGGCGGAACAUUUUCGAAGUCAAACCGAAUCUCGUUCUCCGCAUUUUAUUUCUGAAAAUAUCUGCGACAAUCGGCGAGUUUUGGCCGAUUACCGAUUAUUUUAACAGGCUAAAUAUGGUCGAUUUAAUCGGCUCGCCAAUAAAUUGGUCAGGCCCUAAUUUGCAUCUCUGCAUUCAGAGCAUAUUCAGAAACACCUGAGGAGGACCAUGGAACAGCAUGGACAAAAGUGAAUAAAUAUCAAAUUGCACAAAAUAAGAUCGUAAAAAAACUAUGUGAUUUUACUGCAUUCAGGCCACAUUGAUAACAAACGAAAACCAUCAAAAUUUAGUUAUUUGACGCAUGAACACCGGAGCAAAAGCAUGCAUUUUUUAAACCCCUUUAUUAAGAAUUGUAAGUCAUGGUUUUACCAGCAGAAUAUGAAAGAAAGAAGGGGGGAAAACUACACAAUGGAUAUAUAAAGCAAACUUUAGUUGAAUUCAGUCAAAGACUACAAAUACCCAUUACAAGAAUUCUUUAUACAGUGUAUUGGUUUUCCUCCAGUUCAAUAUAAAGAUGCCCGCAUGGGUCGAUAGAUAAGCUGAUAAAUCAGAUUGGACAAUAGUCAUGUGUAGCAAAAAGCCAUCUUUGGGGUGUAAUAAUAAUAAUAAUGAUAACAGUGACUGGAGGUCUGUUUGUCGCCGUAGGGCAGCUGCAAUGUGGAUCCAGGUGCGCACAAUGGAUGGGAAGGUAACCCACCGGGUGGAUUCCCUGUCUAAGCUCACUAAAGUGGACGAGCUGCGUGGAAAAAUUCUGGAGCUCUUCAAGGUGGAACCAGAGAGACAGAGGCUGUUUUACCGUGGCAAGCAGGUGAAGCAGCGUUGUUCAAAGCUUUUCAGAGAUGUUCUCUUGAAUGUUGGUCUGUGUUUCUCCAUUUAACCAUGUCUUAUAUGUUCUUGUUUAAUCUCAGAUGGAGGAUGGACAUACAUUAUUUGACUACAAUGUGGGCUUAAAUGACAUUGUGCAGCUGCUUGUAAGACAGAAGUUGCCCCCUGUGGAUGUCGUCAAAAGCAAGGACAAAGAAGCGGAACUUUCUGACUCUGAUUCCGGUUGCGGCUCAACCCAGAGUGAGUCGGACAAAAGCUCAACUCACGGCGAGGUUGAGGGUCAAACAGCCGGCACGUCUGCCCAGGCAAACACCCUAGAGCUCAUAGAUCCAGGUUUCGGAUUUUACAAGGUACGUUUUAAAAUUGUGGUUGUUGAUAUACACUUCUGCAACACAUUUAGUGCCAGCAAGGGGAAAAAUAUUACUGUAAGGGAGAAGUGAUGAACAGUUUUUUGUGGGUUAGAUGAGUUGGACUGUGCCUUUUUCAAAACACAAGUGCAAAACUAAUUCAAGCCUUUUUAAAGACAUGGUGAAAUAAUGACGUGACAGGUCCAGGUAAACUCUGUUUGAACAAGUUAAGGUGGAGUGGCCUGAAUGUGUUGAAGCUGACUCCACUCUGUGUUAUUUUGUGGCAUGUUUUGUGUUGUGGAUUAACGCUCCAAAUUCAGCCGAGAUUAUGUUCAGUUAAAAAAACACAUAUUGAAAAGUCUUAAAUAUUAAAUAAUAUUUAAAUAAAGUUUUAAUUAUUAAUGAUCUUCUUUUUUCUUUGAUUUUUGAAGAUCAAUGAGCUGGUGGAUGCAAGAGACCUGAACAUGGGCGCAUGGUUUGAGGCCCAGAUUGUCAAUGUUACGAAGACCGCAAAGACCCCCAUAGAGGAGACCACAAAGGCUGAGGAGGAGGAGGAGAUACUGUACCAUGUUAAAUACGAAGAGUAAGUCUGUAUCUCUGUUUUAAAGACUUUGUUGACAUAAUUUUUAGAGUGAGUGUGUCAGGUCGAGUUAGUAAAACUGUUUAUCAUGGAGGUUUAUUACCAUCUUCAUAUUGUAGAGAGGGAUUUAUUUUAUUUUACUAAAUGGCACAUUACCUUCAAAUGACAUGAUAACACAUGAUACAUAAUACGGUCAUGCGUUAAUGAAGCCUUCAUGGUGCUGAUGUUGGAAUAUCAUCUAAUAUCGUAAAAACAACAUUAACCUGUAGUUAAUGAGAGAGUUGAAGAGUCUGAUACCCUGAUCACAUGCACUGUUAAAGACGAUCUUUCUGUGGUUUUCAUCUCUGGACAGUGCACUUAGUGACACCAUAUUUCACUUCUGCAUUAAAAACUGUUUCUCUAUAGUGACAGCGUAAUUCUCUUUUAAUUAUUCAGUUAAGUAUAUCUACUUUUGUGUUACUUAGUUCAUCCUGUAACUGUCUAACCUCCUCUUGGCACUGUAGGGAUGAGUCAUGUCUGGCCUCAGUCACAGGGGGGUACAUGUGUUUUGCAGAAAAGUGGUGCCAUCUGUUGAAACAAAUUUUAGCAUUUAAUUACUUCCUUAAUGCUGAAUUUAAGAAGAUCAGACUUUUUAUUACACGUAUACUGAGAGAAAAAAAAUACUUCUAUUUGGGUCAAACAUUGUUAACAUUCAGGUCUACCUACACAGUGAGGGUAAAGUCCACAAUUUGUAUGCUGAGUAACUGACCACGCUUGUUAGUAGGUUUAGAAAAAACUCAUCUCACUGACUAGCUCUUUCUCUCGGAGCUCUUUUUGUUUUUGAGCUCUAAGUGAUGGAGGAACAUUAAUGUUAGAGGUGUAUUUGUAUUUCUGCAGCAGUAACAGUUAAUCUUCAGCAGUCAUCCAAACUUUGUGGCAGCACUGUGUGUAGGAAGCACCUGAUGUUGAUGUGUCGCUUCUCUCUGAAACUGCCGUCUGAUAUUGAUAACUUCGACUCUCACAGCUACCCAGAGAACGGGGUGAUCCAGCUGCUGUCAAAGGAUGUCAGACCUCGGGCCCGCACAGUUUACCAGUGGCACCAGCUGGAGCCAGGGAUGAUCGUCAUGGUCAACUACAACCCAGAUGACCCAAAGGAGCGCGGCUACUGGUAUGAUGCAGAGAUCAAGAAGAAAAGAGAGACGCGUACCCAGAGAGAGGUCUGUGCCAAGAUUAUCCUCGGGUAAGUAAUGGCUCACUAAACCUUAAACUUCGAUCCUGCUGCAGUGACAGGUGAUCAUCCUGUGGCCCCAUUUUUUUACACAUACAUCAAGAUUUGUGGGUUUUUGAGGCCAGAGUAGCAGGUGGGAAGAUGGAAGCUUCCUGCUGUGUUUUUAAUGUGGUUAGUGAACUAGGCUGCUUUAUACUGGUUAUUUUCCAUGCAAGAUGAUGGAAUACUUUUAUCUGUUUCAGACAAUGGCAUAAAAAAUUUAAAGGGGUGUGCUGCUGUAUUACUUAUCUGCAGGCCAUUUAAAAUAAGUCGUUCUUUGUUUGCAGUGAUGCUGGUGACUCUCUGAAUGAUUGCCGCAUCAUGUUCCUGACUGAAAUCUACAAAAUUGAGGAGCCUGGUUCUCUGGCUGAUGCCCCUCCUGGAUCUGAAAGUCCCCUAAAAAGUAAGUUUUAAGGAUCAAACAUUGAAUUUGUAGAACAGUGUUGUUUUAAAAGCCAUCUACACAGUAAGUUGCAUUGACCAAUACCGACAUGAAAUGUUGGAUCUCUAAUAAAGUGUCUUUUAAUUCCCAGGAUCAAACGGACCUGAGUGCAAACACUGUAAGGAUGACCCCAAGAAAAACUGUCAGUGGUGUAACUGCCAUAUCUGCGGCAUCAAACAGGAUCCUGACAAGCAGCUGCUGUGCGAUGAAUGUGAUAUGGCCUAUCACACUUACUGCCUGAACCCUCCUCUCACCACCAUCCCAGAAGACGAGGACUGGUCAGUAGAAUCAGAUCGUCACAUUUCGGGAAUGUAGCUCCUUACAUGUGUCUGAAUAUAAAGUUAAGAGAUGUUCAGUGUGAAAGAGUUGUAUUGACAUCAGUGGAGGAGUUAUCAUCUUGACUUGAUGUUUGAUUACACACCACUAGGUAUUGCCCCGGUUGUCGUAAUGACGCCAGCGAGGUUGUGUUGGCUGGAGAGAAGCUGAAGGAGAGCAAGAAGAAAGCAAAGAUGGCGUCUGCCAGCUCCUCCAGCCAGAGGGACUGGGGCAAAGUGAGUGCUGAUUCAGUGCUGCCAGGAAAUAGUCUUAAAUCUAGGUGUUUAGUUACUUCAAAAUGGGCAAAGACUUCAUUGGCACUUAUUAUAGCCUCCAGCCUGCUUUGUUAUAAACUCAAGCUCUCAAAAGUGAAACUUUUAUCCUCUCUUACCAGGGCAUGGCGUGUGUUGGUCGAACCAAGCAGUGCACCAUUGUCCCGUCCAACCACUACGGCCCGAUCCCAGGUAUCCCUGUCGGCUCCCUGUGGAAGUUCAGAGUGCAGGUCAGUUCACACAACUGGAGAGGGGAACUAUUACUGUCUUCUGCUUCCUGCUGCAAGUGACUUAUACAGGGAACAGAAAGGCUUUAAUUUUGAACCUCUUUGGGUUUUGUAGGUCAGUGAAUCUGGCGUCCACAGGCCUCAUGUUGCUGGGAUUCAUGGAAGGAGCACUGAUGGAGCUUACUCUUUGGUUCUGGCCGGAGGUUAUGAAGACGAUGUGGUACGUUGAUUUGGAUUUGUACAGAAUUGUUAAAUCUAGUAUGACAUCGAACCCGAGUUAAAACUCUGCUGUCAAACUCAAACUGUUUGUGAUGUGUCAUACAUUGUAGGAUGAUGGCAACGAGUUUACUUACACUGGCUCUGGAGGGCGAGAUCUUUCUGGCAACAAGAGAACUGCUGAGCAGUCAUGUGAUCAGACACUUACCCACAUGAACCGGUAUGGUCAAAUAGGACACAAUAUACAGUAUAUCACGACUGCCCUUUGCUUCAGCUGGAUGUCUGGAGUACCAGAUUUUUUUCUUGACUUGAAUUUAAAUAUCCUGAUUCUUUGUUUGCAUCAGGGCGCUGGCUCUCAACUGCAACGUCCCCGUCAACGACAAAACUGGUGCGGAGGCCAAGAACUGGAAGGAAGGCAAACCGGUUAGAGUUGUGCGCAACUGCAAGGGUCGCAAACACAGCAAAUACUCCCCAGAGGAAGGAAACAGAUAUGAUGGAAUAUACAAGGUAUGAGGGAACACUAGGCAGGUUUCUGAAGAUGGUUUUGAGCAACACAUUUGACCCCUGGUGCAACAACGCUGGAAUUAUGAGUUAAACUGUAAAAAUCUACUAGAAUAAAUAAACAGAAAAAAGAUCAUUUAAGUACUAAUAACACAGCUGCUUAGCUCAGAUAGCUGCAGUUUGAGUAAUGGUUAAAAGUAUCCAUGCUGAUGUUUGUAAUGAACUUCUCAAUCUGUUGAUUUUACAUGAACCCCGGUUGGUUAGCUUUGGUAGUGGUUUAUGUUUAUUAGCAGAUCUGUGCCUCUACUUUAGAGUGAGAUACAGUGUCAGCUUCUGGUUAACAGCACAGUAAACAAUGAAGUGCUACUUCCAAUUCAACAACAGAUUUCAAAGUUGCAUUAAGGCGACUUGUAUUCCGCUAGCUGUGGUUAAAAGUCUGCAAGUGUUGAUGAGUUUCUUUUUUUUUUUCACUUGUAUAUCACAUUCCUGAUAUGUGCUUUCGACCCCCUUCAGGUGGUGAAGUAUUGGCCAGCCAAGGGUAAGUCUGGUUUUCUGGUCUGGAGAUAUCUCCUGAAGCGCGACGAUGAUGAGCCGGCACCGUGGACCAGAGAUGGAAAGGAUCGCAUCAAGAAGCUCGGCCUCACUAUGCAGGUAGAGAUAAUCGUUCAUAUCCAACGUACGAUAUGUUGAAUUAUUUUUACUGAACUUUGGAUAUGAUGAGCUCUCAGUCCAAUGAGAAAAGGGGUUAUUGCCGUACCACCACUUUUUUUUACAUCUGUGAGUGCUGAUUUUUUUCGUAUGGUGUUUUCAAUGAAACACAGCUCACAUUUAUGAGGUGUGAUUCAUAUAGAAGCAGGGCAAUAUUAAACCACUCAGAUUGCUAAAUGUGUGUGUGAAGAUCCAAGAGUUUUGAAAGUCCGUGUCUGCGGCUAAAAGAUAUGAGACUGCAAAUAUCAGCAACGCUUUGGGCUGCUUGUUCACAAGAACCGAAUUUCUAUUCCCUCUUUCAGUAUCCUGCAGGUUAUCAAAAGGAGAAAGAGAACAAAAAUGAAGUGGAAGAAGAAGAAGCUGUGGCAACAGCCACACCAAGCAAGGCGAAGAGGAAGAGAGAGUCUAAGAGCAGCGGUAAGUGUUCGACUUGGGUGAGCCUAAACUCCUGUUAGAUAAUGAGAGCCCCAGAAUUCAUGAGGUAAUUUCACCUGUUUGUCUUUAUCUCAGAAUCCCCCAAAAUUUCACCUGCCAAGACUCCUAAGAAAGUCAAGGUGGAGGAAUACAAACUGACCAGGGAGCAGAAGGUUCUGAUCAAGAAUGACGAGCAAAACAAGAAGUUGUGGGAUGAAGCCAAGGAGUCACUGUCUCUCGGCCCGGUGAGGAUGGCUGUGUUAUUUUCUAGCACAGGUUUCUUUUGGUGCUGAAAUCCAUGUGUGUCCUGCAUACAGAUUAGAACAAAACUGAACUAAAUUUGGAAAAUCUGAGCUAAACGCUGUUUUAAGUCUGUGACUAUGAGAUGAUAUCCUGUCAUAUUUUUAUUCUUACUGAAAAAGGGCCAAACCAAAAGAGCUUUUACUUGUUUCAGUCACUUUUUUGGUGGAUAAUGAAAUGCAAUGUAAUUUUGUUUAUAAAGCUUUGGUGUUCUACUGUUUUGCAUGAUCAAAAAUAUAACCAAGCUGAAAAACUGCUAAUCAAGACUUCUGAGCUCAAAUCCACCAAGCUCUGAAAUGUGGCCAUAAAAAGUUUCCAUGUCUUAUGAGUUUUAAUUCUUUGUUGCUGCAGAAAUUCUUGAACAAAGUCGAGGAAGUUUUCCUCUGCAUCUGUUGCCAAGAAGUGGUCUUUCAGCCCAUCACCACAGAGUGUCAACACAAUGUCUGCAGGGUAAGUCAUUGACUGUCAUUGGUGCUGGUGUUUUUAUGAAGGAAAUUAACUCAUAAAUCCAGCAGCAGAGCCACCGACAAACUAAAAGCUGUUUCUUUUUACUCCAGGAAUGCCUCCAACGAUCCUUCAAAGCAGAGGUGUACACUUGCCCGGCCUGCAGACACGACCUGGGCAAAAACUACUCCAUGACCGUCAACAAACCUCUGCAAGCCAUUCUAAAUCAGUUUUUCCCGGGCUACAGCAAUGGACGAUGAUCAUUGGCUCUGCUUUCUCAGCUCUGAUGUAAACUGUAAGGGGAAUAUUUCAGUAGGGGCAACAAAGAAUCAGUUUCUCUUAAUAUAUUUUUAAUGAUUAUAAAACAACAAUUUUUGAGGACUUCAAUGCUAUAGUUCUUUUUUUUUUUUUUACCUGGGGUCUGCCAUGUUAUUUAGUUGUUGAUUCUUUUGUAAUUUUAUCAUUACUCCGUUCAUACCCACAACUAAAACGUAACUCCCAGCGUUUGUUUUGUUCCAUUAACUAACGUUAACUGUUUCUUAAAACUAAAUCCUCCACGUCCUCAGGAGAUCUUUUGCUCUGACAUUUUCUCAGCUGUUAGCCCAAAAUGUUUCUUUAGACAAUAGCUUUUUUAAAAUCUGGAUCAGCUGUGGUUCGUCAUGAUUUUGGAGCAACUAGUUUUGAAAUCUGAUCUUCGGUUUUCAUUCACACCUGAGCUGGAAAGCCCAGUAAUGCGUCACCUGGAGCAAUCGAAUUUUGUGUCUAUUUCAGUGUUUGCAAAUGAACAAAGAAAUCCAAAAACUCAGGCUGAACAUGAUAUUGUCCUUCGGAGUUUCAAAGGUAACAGCUGGCCCCCGGUUGCAAUUGCACUAACAUGAGUACUGAAGUAGGCCCUUGGCUGAGAACAGCUGAAGUUUAAGCUGCUCAAUGACAUGUAAAGGUGACCUUUCAUGAGGGCAAGGACUCAACCAGUCCAAAGUUACGUUUUUCUGUUCUGUUUGAGAGUAAGUGUCGAAAUGGGAAAUGAUGUCAACAAACAUAUUUGGACAUUUCUAACUUGUUUAGUGGUUCCUAACACUCACCCUGAAUUGUGAUGAUUUAUAUUAAAAAAACUUUAAACUUAACCUGAUAUUCUUAAAGCCAUUAUAGCCCUUUGUAUUUUGUGGUAAAGGUUUGGAUUACCCCUGUUUUUAUUAAAAGCCCAAAGAAACUAAAGUGCUCAAGAGUAUAACGUAGACCACCCAUGUAUCUAGCUCUUUAGUCUUUGUCUCUUACACUCAAUGCCUUGAGUCUAGAAACCCUUUUUGUAUUUUUUCUAAGACUAAAAUUUGUACUUUUUCAUCUUUUGUAACCUAUUACUGCCAUUUGUGGGGUUUGUAUGGUCAGGUUUUUGUCUCUAGUGGUCACUUAGUGCGCCUGACUUCUUUGAAAACAGAAAAUGCUUGCAUCAAGUUGAAACGUAACAAAAACUUCACGCAUUGCUCCUGAAAUUUGAUAUUGAAUAAACUUAAUUAACUGAAUUUGUCAGGAUGCCUGUUCAAUUUCAAUAGCAAUGUGUGUAAAUGCUUAUUCUAAUGCCAGCAUGUCAAGUUUUGACCGUGAGACAAAGAUUUGCAUAGACUGGUAAAUGUAUAUUUUCGAAAAUUGUAUAAUUUCUUAGUCCAUUUUAGCUGUGAUAUGUAGUUUUAGAAUUGCCUGCACAUGUUAAGUGCAACGAUUUGUUAAUACAUUUUAAGUGUCAUUCAAUAAAAAAAUGAAAAUGAG